UGGUGAGCGACGCCGCGGAGGAGAAAGACGACGCAGAGAGAAACAGAAACACACAAUGGCGACGGCGGCGACAACGGCUGGCGGGACGGGAUCAGGCGGACCGGCUACCGGCCCGACCGGCGGCGGCGGCACCGCAGUCGGACGCAAGAAAGACGGCGGUCCUUCUACGAAAUUCUGGGAGAGUUCAGAGACGGUGUCCCAGUUUGAGACGGUGCGGCAGUGGAUCGGAAAGCACUACAAAAAGUAUGUCCAGAACGACUCCCCCUCCUGUAAAUCCUUGGCGGGUCUGGUGGUUCAGCUGCUGCAGUUCCAGGAGGAUGCAUUCGGACGCAGGGUUAACAAUCCUGCUCUCACCAAGCUACCUACCAAAUGUUUCCUGGAUUUCAAGGCAGCUGGGUCCCUCUGUCACAUCCUGGGCUCGGUCUACAAGUUCAAGAGCGAGCAAGGGUGGCGUAGAUUUGACCUGCAGAACCCUUCCCGCAUGGACAGAAAUGUGGAAAUGUUCCUGAAUGUGGAGAAGAACUUGGUCCAGAACAACUGCUUGACUCGGCCCACAGUGUUCCUAUCGCCUGACAUCGAGCAGAAACAAGCCAGUAAGCUCAAAGACAUCAUCAAAAGGCACCAGGGCUCCAUCACUGACGAUAAGUCUAAAGCCACCCACCACAUCUACCCCUCUCCAUCCCAACAAGAAGAAGACGAGUGGCUUCGUCCGGUCAUGAGGAAAGACAAGCAGGUGUUGGUGCACUGGGGUCUCUCUCCAGACAGCUAUGAUACCUGGGUGUCAGCGAGCGAGGUGGACGGGGAUGUGGAGGACCCGCCCACCAAUGACAGACCGUGGAAGGUCCACGCUAAGUGGGUGUUAGACACCGACGCCUUCAAUGAGUGGAUGAACGAAGAAGACUACGAAGUGGACGAAAACAAGAAGCCAGUCAGCUUCCGCCAGAGGAUCUUCCCCAAGGAGGAGGAGUCUUCCCGUACACCCGAUCGAAAGGAGCGCAAGGCCAACUCCGCCGGCAAGAAGAGGAGGCGCUCGCCCUCGCCGCCCAGCACUCCCGCCGAAUCCCGCAAGAAGGGAGGAAAGAAGGGGAACCCGGGGCCACACUGGAAGCGACGGGGCCACCGAGGCGAGGAGGAGGACACGGAGGAGGACAUGACCAAGGACAUGGACGACUCCUCAGCUGGAGCCAGCAUGGAGGAGGGCAGCAUGUCCAAAAAUGCGAAGAAAGACGAGAGUACUCCGGUGAAAGGCGGGAAUGUGGCUGACCUGGAUGACAUGGAGGAUGACUCUGUGUUGUCGGGAGGAAAGGAUGAUGAGGAGCAGGGCAAAGCCGAAGUCAACCGCCUGAUCGACGCCAGCGAGGACAACGUGACCGAACAGACUCAUCACAUCAUCAUCCCCAGCUACGGCGCCUGGUUUGACUACAACUGCAUCCAUGAGAUCGAGAGACGAGCUCUGCCCGAGUUCUUCAACGGAAAAAACAAGUCCAAAACUCCAGAGAUAUUCCUGGCCUACCGUAACUUCAUGAUUGACACGUAUCGACUGAACCCUCAGGAGUACCUCACCUCCACUUCCUGUCGCAGGAACCUGACCGGGGACGUCUGUGCCAUCAUGAGGGUUCAUGCGUUCCUGGAGCAGUGGGGUUUGGUGAACUACCAGGUGGACCACGAGAGUCGCCCAUUGCCCAUGGGCCCCCCACCCACUCCUCAUUUCACCGUGCUGGCUGACACACCAUCCGGCCUCAUGCCCCUGAACCACAGACCCCCACCGAUCCCCCCUCAACAGCAGAUGGCUAACUUCAUAGACAAAGGCAAAGACAAGUCCAUCGACCUGCAGAACUUCGGGCUUCGCGCGGACCUCUACAGCAAGAAAAACCCCAAGGGGAAACCAUCAAACUCCACCAGGGACUGGACCGAGCAGGAGACUCUGCUGCUGCUGGAGGCCCUGGAGAUGUUCAAAGAUGACUGGAACAAAGUGUCCGAGCACAUCGGUUCUCGCACACAGGACGAGUGUAUCCUCCACUUCCUGCGGCUGCCCAUCGAGGAUCCCUACCUGGAGAGCACCGAGGCCUCCCUGGGUCCUCUGGCCUACCAGCCCAUACCCUUCAGCCAGUCUGGAAACCCCGUCAUGAGCACGGUGGCCUUCCUGGCCUCUGUGGUCGACCCCAGAGUGGCGUCUGCUGCUGCGAGGGCAGCUCUAGGUGAGAACCAGUGAAACUUUCUCCGCGUGCGUGAGGAGGUGCCGGCUGAGCUGGUGGAGGCUCAUGUGAAGAAGGUGCAGGAGGCGGCCAGGAGCACAGGGAAGGUGGACCCCGCCUUCGGCCUGGAGAGCAGCGGCAUCGCUGGCACCGCCCCCGAAGAGCCAGAAAAGACCGAAACCCCCGAGGCGGAGAAGAUGGACACAGACUCGGACUCCCAACAGGCCGAUAAGGCGGAGUUGAAGGACGAGGCAGAGAAGCCCAGCGAGUCUGCAGAGAAGAGCAGCGACAAGACGGAGGCCACCGAGAAGGUGAAGAAGGAGGGAGUGGAGACUUCAGAGCGCGAGGACGAGAACGAAGAGGGAGGGGAGGCCAAGGCGGCUCCAGCAGACAAAGACAAGGAGGAGUCCAUGGAGACGUCGUCCUCGGACCAGGAGAAGGAGAAGGAGGAGAAGACGUUGACAGACGAGGGAGAGGAGAAGAGGAAGAAGCUGGAGCACGACAUCGGAGAGGGAAACAUCGCCACUGCAGCCGCCGCUGCUCUGGCGUCUGCUGCCACCAAGGCCAAGCACUUGGCAGCCGUGGAGGAGAGGAAGAUCAAGUCCCUGGUGGCCCUGCUGGUGGAGACCCAGAUGAAGAAGCUGGAGAUCAAGCUGAGGCAUUUCGAGGAGCUUGAGACCAUCAUGGAUCGAGAGAAAGAGGCCUUGGAGCUCCAACGGCAGCAGCUGCUCACCGAGCGUCAGGCCUUCCACAUGGAGCAGCUCAAGUACGCUGAGAUGAAGGCGCGGCAGCAGAUGGAGCAGCAAGCCGCCGCCGCUGCAGCAGCCGCCGCAGCCCAGGCACAGGGACAGACUCCCGGAACUGGACCCCAUCCUGGUCCUCCUCCACCAGGCAUGCACCCUGGAGGACCUCAGCCACACCACGGAGCACCAGUGCCCCACCACGGAGGACCCCCAUCUGGCGGUGCAAUGCACACUGGCUUCCCCUCAAUGGGUCACCACCCAAUGGCACCCCUGCACCCAGGACAGACAGGUCCGAUGGGACCAGGCCAGCCGAUUCCAGGGCGUAUGAUGCCCGGCCCUCCCACUGCUGGCCCCCCUCCUGGGGGCAUGCCUCCCAUGAUGCCCCCACGUCAUCCUGGAGCUCCCAACGGCAUGUAUCCUGGUCCUCCACCUGCACAGCCUGAAGCCGUACCUGCAGUUCCUGUGGGUCCUCCUGCGCCCCCAAGUGCACGGGGGCCUGACAACUAAGACCUAACACACCCAAACACACAUGACAAAAGCACACACACACACAGACACACACACACACACACACACACACACACAAAACUAUCUCUGAACCCCCCCCCCCCCACCCCCCUCUGUAUUGAUCGCCUUUGCUACUGGCUCCUUUAACCCUCAACAGCCAAAAGCUUCCAUAAACGUCAUCACCAACAUACACACACACACACACACACUCAGGUUUCAGUGGCAAGGGUUACCCACUUAAAACACACACACACACACACUCACAUGCAGACUUCCUCUCAGGGCACUGCGGCAAAGGGUGGUCGAGUAAUAAACACUGUUUCCUGCUCUGUUGGGCCAGAUGGAGGCUGGAGAGAAUGACUCUCUACACACGACAAAAACGAGGAGACAGAAACCGACUGUCUCUCUUUUUUUUUUUCUCUUUUCGAUGAGUUUUUAACGACACUGUAACCUCUCCCCCUCCCCUCCCCCU